GUUUACCAUGGCCUUGCACGACAGCGACGACCACCCGCCCGUCCCCCAGCAGCAGCGAAAGAAGCGCGCCGACGACCAGCAGGCCCUCGCAGGCGACUUGGGGGCCAAGCCGAUACAACUGCAGAGGAGGAGGGUCUGGCGUGCUUGCGAGAGCUGCAGGCGCAAGAAGAUCAAGUGCGACGGCUGCGAGCCGACGUGCUCACAAUGCUCAGCUUCGGGAUCGCAAUGCACCUGGCUGCAGACGAAGGACAGAGCAGCUCUCAGCAGACACUACGUCCAGGAGCUCGAAGCUCGCCUUCUUCACAUGGAGUCUCUCUUUACACAAGUCACGCCCGUUCUAGAGCAACUCGGUCAAAUGGGCCAGAUCGAGGGCGUGGACAUCGCCGCCCUGUCAAGCAUGGUGCCUUCCCAGCCUUCCAGAUCAAACCUUGACAUCCCAGGGCCAAUUCAGCAGUCUUCGUCCGGCGAAUGGAACAGCACGAGCUCGCGCACCCCGAAUGGCAGCGAGAAGUCCCAGUCUCAGUCGCCGCAACCCAUCAAGGUGGAGGACGAUGUUUCCGAGUCCUUCGGACAGUUGGCGCUGGACGAGCAUGGAAGUAUGCGUUGGAUAGGAGGUUCCUCGACCAUGUCGCUCAUACAGUCGUUCCGUGCGUUGACAACGUCGCCUCUUCACCGAGUCUCACCGAUGGAGGAGGAUCCUCGCGCGCCGGGACCCAGCGCCAAUAAACUAUAUUUCCCGGCUUCCGUUUACUUUGGGAAAGUGCGUGCCUUACCUGGGCCGGAAGAGGUGGAAUAUCCCGAGCGAGACCUCGCAGAUAAACUGGUUGAGGCAUAUUUCUCCCGAUUCCAUUUCCUCAUGCCCAUCAUCGACAAGCCGACGUUCCUACGCCAGUACGACUUUCUGAUGAACCACACGACCGACAUAGCUCUGCAUCGGAGCGAGACGGCCUUUAUUGCCCUUGUAUUCGCGGUCUUUGCUUGUGCGGCUCAACUAGUUGACGACCCACGUCUUGCCGUCGAGAACCCCGAGGGAGGCGGCAUGGGGAUGAUCUAUUAUGAACGAGCCAUGAUAUUACACUACAUUAGUCACGCCUCUAUCCAGGUGGCUCACGUACAAUGCUUCCUCUUACUCUCGACGUUUCUAUGUUCUGUCAACUGCCUACCACAAGCUUGGCUCCUUGUCGGUCAAGCAGUUCGCAUAGCCCAAGAUCUUGGUUUGCAUCGAUCGCCGCGGAGACUAACCGUUACGCCCAUCGAGAAGGAAACUCGUAGGAAGAUCUGGUGGGGCGUGUACACGCUCGAUCGCAUGCUUGCGCUUGCAUUAGGCCGUCCUCUUGGCAUCGAAGACGCCGACUGCGACGUGGAACUUCCCGUGCAAUACGACGAUGAACAACUCCCGGAGUAUUUCUCGGGUGCCCAGAUAAACCAGAGUAGCCCGUCACUUAUGGCUGGCUUCAGUGCUCUGGCGGCCUUGUACAAGAUUGCCGGGCGCGUUCUUCGCGAAGUUUACUCUGUGGAGGUCUGCAAAGAACAUUUGGAGCCGGAGAAACGCCAGGAGGUUUUGCGAGCUGUCGAGUCCCUGGACAGGGAUUUGACGAAGUGGUGCGAUGACCUGCCGAAUGUGUUCAAGUCCGGCCCGCAGAACGAGAAGCAGGUCUCCAUGGGCGCUGUUCUAUGCAGCCACUACUAUUCCAUCUUGACUACUCUGCACCGCAAUUUCCUACCGGUCAAGACUGGACAAGCAGUUACUACUCGGUCUACUGCUAGAGCCGUCUCCUCAGCCCGCGCUUGUAUCCGGUUGGCGCCGUCCAUCAAGAACGUCGUUCCCCCUUCGCACCACCUGGCUUUCUUCAUACAGCACCUGUUCAGCUCCGCCGUGAUUAUCUUGCUCUAUGCGAUGCACGUGACGGACUUGAAGGCUUCGCAUGCAGCUAUGGAGGAAGUUUCAAGCUGCUUGGUGGCUAUCGAGUCAUGGGAGGGCUCGUGGCCCGGUGCCCGUAAAUGCAAAGAGUUGCUCAGUGACCUGUGCAAGACGGCCACGGCGGCCAUUCAAUCUGCGGCCGCCAAGAACGUCAAUACGCCAAGGUCACCUGCUAUGGGUCCCUCUAUGGGCCCUAUGCCCUCAAGGCGGAGGCACUCGAACCAAAUGGCGCCUCCGGACAGGUCCCUGACCGAAAGUGUCAUCCGCAACAGGUCACGAAGGGCUUUCUCCCCUGACUCGAACCAGUCCCCGAGGCGAGCUCUCCAUUCUGCGCCCUACCCGGUACCAGCACAUAAUCGGCCAAGAUCCACGUCCCGCAAGCGCGGGCACGAUGACACGGACGGAUCGCAUGACCCACGGGGAUCGAACCAAUACAUGCCUUCGCUCUCAAGUUCUUUCCCAGGGCAGUCUCACAUGCCCACACUCAGCCCGCAUAGUUCGCCGGCCUCUGUGAACAGUCUGCCCUCCCCCAUAAUGCCUGUCGUGGACGUACCACAGGACAGGAGCCCUCCCCGGAUUAUGACGAGUACGAGUUUCGGCCCCAUGAAUGCCCCGGUCUCUCCCACCAGCGUGCCGUUGCCCCAGUCGCCCCAUUUCGAUUUCAAUUUCGGGAUGAACCCGAGUAACCUGAGCCAACCCUCGGUCGAACAGUGGAACGGCAGCAAUAAUGACAUGAACGGCUUGAAUCUCUUCUCGUCGACCUCUCAUUCAUCUAAUGGCUGGCAGGGGAACUCGAAUUCUCAGAGUAACCUCAUGGGCUACGACGGUCUUUCGGGGUUGGGGUUCAACGACAUAACUGCUGCGUCCGGCAGUUUCGCCGCCCCGGGUCUCCCGUUCCGCGGGCUCGAUUUUAUCCGAAAUUACAAUCCUGGAGGCUAUCCUGGAGCCAACGAGCAGGACGGUCUCUGGCAGACGUUUGACGCGGGAGCUUUUCGAUACGAUCCGGAUAUGCCAUUCGCGAUUGGUGAUCUGAACCUUGAGAACGGACACGGCCCUCAUGGUUAGACACCUUGUUUGUUUCCCUCCUCUUGAUUAUCAUUCUCUUCUACGAUCUGACGAAGCACCAUGACUUGCCAUGUAUGUAUCUUACUUGUACGACUAUGUUACCUGUACGUUUAUGUAUUCCUACUCUAACACGAUAGCUACACCUAGUAUGUACGAUUCCGCCUCAAGAACAAGGCAUGGAUAUUCUAGUAUACCCUAU